AUGGCCGAACGCAACCUCCAACAGGUCCUCACCCAGCUCCGCGGAAAGGGCUCCUCCCUCCCCUACGCAGAGUCUUCCGCCCUCCUCUCCAAAGCCAAGCUUCACCUCCUCCAGCUCAACGCCCUCACCCCGUCCUCUGCCACCGCACAGCAGCAGACGUCCCCCCAGCUCCUCGCCCUCGCGCGUGAGACGUACGAGCACGGCGCCCUCGCCUCCAUCCGCGCAAAGAACCCAGACGCCUUCACCCGCUACGUCCAGCAGCUCCAGCCCUUCUAUGAGCUCCCCUCUAACCUGCUCCCGCCCAACCUGCCCGACCGCAACAAGGUUACCGGCCUGUACCUGCUCCUCCUCCUCACCCAGGGCCGCUAUGCCGAGUUCCACUCGGAGCUCGAGAGCCUCGCUAACCGCGAGGGCGGCGGCGAUAGCAGUGCUGUUGAGAGCGACAAGUUCCUCGGCUACCCCAUCCGUCUCGAGAGGUGGCUGAUGGAGGGGAGCUACGACCGCGUGUGGAACGCCCUCAAGAGCCGCGAGGUGCCCAGCGAGGAGUACGGAGUCUUCUCAGAGAUUCUCACCUUCCAAAUCCGCUCCGAGAUCGCCUCCAGCAGCGAGCGCGCCUACCCAAGCCUGCCCAUCAGCUCCGCAAAGUCCCUCCUCUUCCUCGACUCGGAGGGCGACGUCAUCUCUUUUGCCCAGCAACGCGGUUGGAUUUUGAAGGACGGCCAGAUCUUCUUCCCCGAUACCGCGGAGGGCGUCGCCGCCGAGGACGGCACCACCGAUAAGGAGAUGAGCCAGAUGGUGAUAGAAAACACUCUCGGGUACGCAAGGGAACUGGAGACCAUUGUGUAA